UGCGUUUCUUUUUUAGCAAUACUGGAGCAAACAGAUCUAGGAUGGCUGACGCGGCAAGUGGAGAGACCACUCUGUGCUCCGAGCGGUUCGGCUCCGGAACAGCACGAAGCUGCUGUGCCGCAGCUGACGGAAGCCUGCAGUGGGAGGGCGGGGAUUGGCCGUGGUGGAGGAUCUUCCAGGCUUUCACUCCGAAACCUGAGGGGCAAGAGGGGCGCAGAGAGGGGUCUCCCAUGGCUGCGUCGCCGCCUGUCUCAGGCCUCAAGGCCGUAUUACUGCCUCAAGGCUUUCCUGAUAGCGUUAGCCCGGACUAUCUGCCUUACCAGCUGUGGGAUUCUGUGCAGGCCUUUGCUUCCAGCCUCUCCAGCGCCCUGGCCACCCACGCAGUCAUGCUGGGCUUGGGGGUGGGGAACGCAGAAGCCUCCCUUGCAGCGGCCACUACCACCUGGCUUGUGAGAGAUUCAACUGGCAUGCUGGGCCGCAUCGUCUUUGCCUGGUGGAAAGGGAGCAAACUGGACUGUAAUGUGAAGCAGUGGCGACUUUUUGCGGAUAUCCUCAAUGAUGCAGCCAUGUUCCUCGAGAUUGCGGCUCCCACACUCCCGUUCUGUUUCACUGUGACUGUCAGCACUAGCAACUUGGCCAAGUGCAUCGUGAGUGUGGCUGGUGGGGCGACUCGGGCUGCGUUGACAGUGCACCAGGCCCGGAGAAACAACAUGGCUGAUGUGUCGGCCAAAGAUGGCAGCCAGGAGACACUGGUGAACCUUGCAGGGCUCUUGUUCAGCCUCGUGAUGCUUCCUCUGGUGUCUGGUUGCCCCAGCUUCAGCCUUGGAUGUUUCUUCCUCCUCACUGGCCUCCACAUCUAUGCCAACUACCGUGCAGUGCGUGCCCUCGUCAUGGAGACCCUGAACGAGAGCCGGCUCCAGUUGGUCUUAAAGCACUUUCUGCAAAGGGGAGAGAUACUGGACACCACUUCAGCCAAUCAGAUGGAGCCGCUCUGGACAGGGUUUUGGCCGUCUCUGUCUCUGUCACUAGGGGUUCCUUUACACGACCUGAUCUCCAGUGUCUCUGAGUUGCAGCAGCUGGUUGAGGGGCACCAAGAGCCCUAUCUCCUGUCCUGGAAUCAGUCACGAAACAAGGUGCAGGUAGUUUUGAGCCAUGUGGCAGGCCCUGAGGCUGUCCUUAGGGCUGCCACCCAUGGCCUGCUGCUUGGAGCCCUGAAGGAAGAUGGGCCCCUUCCACGAGAGCUGGAGGAACUAAGGAACCGGGUGCGGGCAGGUCGUGAGAAGGACAGCCAGGCCAUCGUCAGGGAGACAUACCGAGUGCUGGACAAGCUGUUCCCGAGGUUUUUGGAAGGACUGCAGGCUACUGGCUGGAAGACAGAAAAGCACCAGCUCGAGGUGGAUGAGUGGAGAGCUACCUGGCCCCUAUCUCCAGAAAAGAAGGACUUGUGAACAGCUCAGGUGGGGGCCCAGGACAGGAGCCCAGAACGUAGGCCACAGAAGGACACAGGAAGAGCAACUUUAUUUUUGCUUAGGAGAAUGGCCGCAGACAAAUUCAGGUUGGCCAAGGCCUUCUAGGAAAUGACUGUCAGUCAGGUGCACUGGGCCCCCGGCAGAGAUGAAGCAGAGAGAAGGAAAACCAGGGCCUUCCCCCGCUGGCCCAUUCUCCUUUCCUGGGGACCACUGCAGGCUCCCCACCCCUACUGACUGUGAGGCUGAACCCUGCUCCAUUGUGGCUUGUGGCAUCCAACACAUUUGACUUCAUGCAUAAAAGCCCCAGAGGAACAUGGCCACUGCCAUCAUGAGCAGGGCAUUGAGGUUGACCACGCGAGCCCAGCGUGGGUCCUCGCUGAUGUCGUCCAGCUGCCUGGCUGUUGCAGUCACCAUUUCCUCAGUCGAGGGUGGAAGGCUGCCUGCCUGUCCCCUGCCCAUGCCACAGAACCACAGCAGGCACCGGCGGAACGGGCCUGGGGCUGGGGACCGAGGCUCUGGGAGAAAUUGAGGCCAUGGUCAGUUAGUUGGAAGGAAGGUGGCUUCCUGGGCCCACCUCCCCGGCAGUUCUUACCCUCCAUCUGCACUGCGUGCUCUGGCUGCCCGUUCUGCACAGGGGGAGAGGUUGGAGCUUCCAGGUCAUCAGCGUCCAGGUCCUCCCGUUCCUCCUUGCUAUGCCGGAGACUGAAAACCAGGCGGUGGAGCUGGGGAGGGGUAGAAGCAGGAAGCAAGUAGGAGUUGUGUUCUCACCCUAGGCCCGAAAUGAAGAUGUUUCGAGCAUACUCAGCACAAUAGCUCUGUCACUGCCCUCGCUAACCUCCUGCUGGCCAAUCCACAAAGCUAGCCCAGGCUCAGCCCAAAACUCUGCCUUCCAUGCCUGCUUCUCUGCCUUCAGGCUAACCCCCAAGUUCCUCUGCUGGGUUAAAAGCUAUUGGCCCUGCUCACCUGAGCCUCAUCACCCCAAGUGACCUGUCUACACACAGAGCUGUUGCCUCCCAGUUCUGCUCACUGUGUUCGUGCCUGUGAAAUCUGCUCAGUUGCUGCCGUUGAACCGUGUCCUCUCUCCCAGUCCAGCUCUUUUAUGUUGUCCCUGCCGUCCACCGUGCCCCGGAGCACAAGGCAGAAACCCUUUCAUGUGUUUUCAAGGUGAUUCAGUGUUCCUCUCAGCCUGUCACAUGUUUUGUAUCCUAAAAGCCACGCCAAAGAUUGGCUUUGGGGAGCUUUAAUCGCCAACCUGCCAAAGUGUUUGGUUCACCCCCACCCCAACUACUUCAAAUAAAUACCAUCUAGGUGAAAA